AUGACAACUGAGGAAGCACCCAAAGAUUCGUCCACCUCCAAGAGCGGUGCUGAUGCUGAAGUCUUCCAACUUGAAGCACUUUCCUUAAAUUACCUACGAAGCCAAAAUAUUUCAGUAAUUCCGGACGAUAAUCAUAUACCAAAACUUCGCUCAUGUAAGCUCUGUAAUAAAGCCAUUCUUAAUUUCCGAUUCGAAGCUUUUACGGUAUUGUGUUGUGGGCACCUGCUCCAUCGAAUCUGUCUUGAAACCUAUAUUAUGCAAGGAGGAGUACGAAGUCCUUCAUGCCCAAUCUGUAAUUGGGAUAUCGAAAUUAAUAGAGAGGAACGUGGGCUUGCUUCUGGUGAAUGUUUUCUGGCACCUAAAAGUUACGAUAAGGGGCAGGCUUCCCAACAGUCUAACGUAACUAUAGAGGAUGAUGAAGGCGGAUUAGAGAUUAUGCGAAGUAUGGGGUUGAUAGAAGAGGACUCCGUUCCAGCUGAGCAAGUCAGUAAGGAUGAUCAAACGACAAGUUCUAUUGCGGAUAAUUCUAUCUUUAUGCAAGAUCAGGCUAUUAUGGACAAAGAUAACAACGUUUCGCAAGAGAAUUCCGGAAAUCAGACUAACGAGAAUAAUGAAAGUACUACCAACGUAUAUAUUAUGCCAGACUCUACGAAGCAGUUAAAACCCUCCAAUUCUGAGGAUCAGUCAAAUGCAAAUAAUGAAAAUGAUACCACCAUGGAAGAAAAUGAUACUAAUCAAGUCCGUUCAUCCAGACAAUCAUCUCCCAAAAUUGCCCGUGAUCAAGAUAAAUUACUGGGUUUAAUACGAGAACUAUCUACACCCGUCAAAGGCGAGACUGGUGAGAUCAAUACUGGGGAAAGCGAGAAUUCUUUAGCCCGAUUAUAUCAAAAAGCACUUAAAGCUGAAAAUAGAGUGACCCAGGCCUAUCAAGAAGAAAUUCGGUGCUGGUACUAUUACGCUGAAGAGUUUGAAAAAAAGGUUAUGGGUAUCAGAGAUAAUGACAGAAAAAUCGGCGACCAACAGGCUAGGACGAAGGUAUAUGACGAAAUUAGGGAUCAUCUAUCCGGUAUCACGAAAGUUACUCUGCGUAAAAAAACUCAAAGAGCUAGAGCAAUUUAUAAUCUGUUUAAGAAAAUAGGUGUAGAAAAAAUUAAAAGAGUUCAUUCUUAUAGUGCCGAUUCUCUCAGAUGCAAACUAUUAUAG